UAAUCAUGUGAUAAUGAUUUUUUUGGAACAAAUUGGUUCAGCUUAUUUUUGGGAAAAAAAAUCUCACCCUUAAACUUUAUAGAACGAUUUUCGAGGGCAAAUUUGAACAUAAAAAAAUAUUAUUAUUAUUAAUUUUACCAGGUGUACUCCAGUAUUCUAUUGUGUACUCCAGUGUAUAGUACCCGUAUAGUAGGCAGGCUUUUCUUUGGUGGGGCCUGUCGAGCCGUGAGAGGGGGUGGGCCCAACGCAUGGGCUUUCGCGCCUCCUCGUGCUCACCUCUCUUUUACGCACGAAGCCCAUCCCUCCACUGUCACUGACAACAUGCCCAAGCUUCUUCUAUGGCCCACCGCAGCGACUCGGGUCUGCUCACCCCGCGUGACAAAAGCCCGCCGCCCCCACCAUGCGGGUCCCGCCCCGCCACCAGUUUGAACUUUGAAUCGCUCCUCCUCUCUUCUCUCUUCUCGUCGCCGUGGAGCAGAGGAGAAGCAGAGAGAGAGAGAGAGAGAGAGAGAGAGAGCCCUGCCGUGCGCAGGCGAAGCCGCGAGGGGGAAAAGCAUGCUGCGCGGCGGCGCUGGCUCGAAGCACCGCCGCCCGAGGCCGCCAUCUUCUUCUUCUCCUGCACCGUCGCGCCGAGCGGCUCGCACGGCCACCGCCGCCGCUCCGGAGCCCGAGGACGUGCCGGCUAGUAGGGAGGAUCGGGAUCCGGUGGUGUCGUCCAUGGAGGAGACCUCUUUCACCUUUGAAUUCAAACGGGGGUCUAAAAGAGCCAAGAAAUCGAUGCUGCCUGCAGAAGCACAUGGAGGGCAAGACGAUCCAUCAGGGAAAAAUGAUUCCAGACAGGGUUUCUCUAGCAAAAGAAAUCUGGUUCCUGCAAAGACGCCAUCUGCCAAGGAGGGACCAGAACAGGUGGAGUUCACACAUUGUGCACCUGGUAUUGUUGCUAGGCUAAUGGGGCUUGACACUGUGCCUCGGCCCAAGAAAGCUAUUGACAGAUGGCAAAGUGACAUCCAGUGCAGUAUGCAGAGGCAGCUAUCUGGAGUUGAUCAAGUCUAUGAUGCUUCUUCUGAGGACCAGCCAUGUAGCAGCAGGGCUGAUGAUCUCCCUGAACUCAAGGAUGUUUUCGAGGUCACAGAGAUGGAAAACAAGGAGAUGUGCAUUGGGUUGCAGUCAGGGAAGGAGGAGUCAUGCCCCAGGAGUGACAAGGAUGAUCUGGAAUUUGUGAGGCAGAAAUUCUUGGAUGCAAAGCGCCUUUCCACUGAUGAAGUUCGUAGGAAUUCUAAGGAAUUUUGUGAAGCACUUGAGAUACUGUACCCCAAAAAAGAUGUUUUCCUUGAAAUUCUUCAGGAGAACAGUGGUGCAUUGCCAGGAUUCUCAGGGCACAUCUUUGGUCAUAGUGCAUUGCAGUGCCCUCCUUUUAAACGGGAAACUGCUGACACCAAGUUGUUUGAGCAAGACAAUCACUGUAGCAUGGCAGUUGAAAGUGGCAGGUUUUUUGAUGUAGUAAAGGAGUUAGAGAAUCUUAAUCCUAGUAUUCAUCUCAAAGAAAAUUAUGCUGUGCCAUUGGAUCCUUUGGCACCAAAAGUGAGCAAGAGUAAAGGUUCAAGUCGUCGUUCCCAAAUUGUUGUCCUGAAACCAAAUCUUCAGAGGAAAAGUUUUACACCUGUCCUAUCAAGUGGAGAAACAUCGCAUUUUGGUCAAAUGAGCACUCACAACUGUUCAAGGCCCCAACAGCAUUGUAUGUAUGGGCAUCAAGUCAUUCACUCUUUGCCACUUAACAAUGAUCAAGUUUUAGAACUAAAAGGAGGCACACCUGGACAGAAUGGUGCAAAAGAAACCCCUAAAAUAGGUUCCAGAAGAAGGAAACCAUCUGAGAAAGCUAGUCAGUUUGCAACUGGCAGUGAAAGGGCAAAAGACACUCCUAAUUCUUUUGAAGACAACAUAUCCAUCUUCCCACCCAAUCAUUCUGUUGGAUCAUCAGUCUGCAGAAAGGCCAAAAAGCACCUCUCGGAACGAUGGCAGAAGGCCAGUCAAUCUGAUACAGAGAUUUCAAUGCCUAAAGAUACCAUAACAUUAGGGGAAAUGCUUGAGAUGACUGAUAAAGAUGCAGAAAAAGUAACCACUCACAAGAUUUCAUCAGAAACAAACUACAAUCAUGAUAAUGUGCAAAAGGCACCAGCCUGCCCAGUUGGUAUUAGUAGUAAGGAUGGUUGGAAAACAAGUAUUUACUGUAAAGAUGAUUCAAGAGCUGGCACAUCGAGGAAUUUUUCUAGAUCUAAAUCUCUCCCUACAUCAGCUACCAACAGUGCAAAAUUACCGGGUAGGAAACAAUCUGCACCAACUUGUAACCUGCCCAUCCUGAAAGAUUUAUUGAAUGCACCCACUGAUGAAUCUGGAAGUGAACAUGUCAGGAAUAGAACACCAUUUAGAAAAACAAAGCACAAUAAUGGGAGAGCUAUCUUCCAUGCAGGAAAGGAAAACAUGCUACCUGUGAAAGAGAUUCAUGUAACUUCAGAAAAAGCAAGACAUAGCAUAUGCAUUUCUGAUUUGUCUCGGGCAAGAAACACACAUAAUGAAUAUCCUGGUGAUGUUAUGAGUAAUGGAGAACACCAAACAUCUGUUUCUACUGCUCUAGAUGACGAUUUAGAAAUUUCCAAAGAAAAUAUGGGUUGGACAGAGCUGAAAGUAACACCACCAUUACUAGAGACAGAAGAAGAUGUCCAUAAUCAGGAUAACAUAGUGUUGAAGGACCAUGAGGGGAGAAGCCAAUCAGUGGAGAUUGACAUAGCUGAAGUUGAGUCUCAAGGAAUACAUUAUUCUCAUAUUGUAAGCUUAGAUCAUCGCAAAUGCUCAAAUACAACUGCUUCAUUGCAACAAAUUUGUGAACAUGAGACUGCAUAUUCUGGAAUCUUUAAAGGCGUCAGUGAUGGCAUUCAAGAACUCAGGUUGCAACUUAAGAUGCUGAAGAUGGAUGGCCAGGAUGAUACCUAUGGAGAUGAUAUCUACAUGCUUUCAGGUGACGAGUGCAGCGAUACAGAUAUCUUUAAACAUCAGGUGAUGGAAGAACAAUUACCUGUUUUCAAGGAUGAGGACGACAGGGACUUUACUUAUACAAAUGAUAUGCUUGCUGCUGCGUCCGAUUUCCUAUUCUACCCAGAAGAUUGGCAAGUGAGCUCAAAUGUGUUUUUAUGGCUUGAGAACAAGUACAACAAACUGCUUUUAUGGUCAAAAUCAGACAGGAGACUUUUGUUUGAUCUCAUAAACUCUAUCUUAGCUGAUAUGACUUCUGUGGGCAACAAUUUGCAGACAAAUAUCAUGACAAAGUGUUGGUCUGAAAUGGAUCCAAGAAAGUUAGCUGAAAAUGUUUGGCAAACAGUGCUCCUAAGGAGGAGCCAUGAGCCCUUUUCUUUUGAUUGUGUCGAAGCUUUGCCAUUGGACCAUCAUUCUGAAGUUGAAGCAAUAGGAGCAGAUAUUGUCAAAAUGCUACAUAACUAUAUUGUAGAAGAAUCUGUAGCUGAAUUCCUGUCACAAUAGAGCUGCCUUUCUAUCAGAUAAAACUGUUGCAAAUUACUGGUUUGCAAUAUGGUUUUACCAAUGUAAGAUAUGGCACUAUUCUAGAAUAUAUAUUGGAUCAAACAAUGUACAUAACCUGUUGCAAAUCACUGGUUUGCAAGAUGGUUUACCAUGUAAUAUUUGGGGCCUCCAUUUGUUUGGUCUUGAUAUGGAGCGUAGUAUGACAUGAAUCCUACGGUAACCUGUAUUAAUUGUACUCCCAGUUAACACUAAUCUAGUGUGAGCUGCAUGUAUACUGACGCCAAACUUUCCAAUAUCUAAUCUGCAUGCAUGAU